AAUGUGAUCGUUCUGAAUUUGAAAUGUGAAUUAGUGUAAAAUGGAGCGUCCAUCAGUGUAUCCGGCGAACUUAACGGAUUUGCUAGCUGUGUCGUACCAAGAUGGCUUCGAUCGCUCGUCGCCUGUGUCUACGGAGGAAGAUAGCCAGUUCGGGGUGGAUUUGACAGGGAAGACGAGUUUGGCGGGCAAGUCGUUUACGAUCGCGGCCAUUUUGGGGCUGUCGGGGGCAGAGCAGGAUGCGAUGAACUUGAGCGUGGAGCGGCUGAGGAGCCCACAGCUGGGCUACUGGGCCGGGCAGGAGAUACAGAGGCUCAAUGAGGGGUUCUGUAGGAGCAUGGCGCCGGCGGGGCUCCGGCAAGAUAGUCCGCGGCCGGAGACGCGGCCCCCGCAGCUGAAGCCCCCACGCAGCCACGCACUCUCCUGUAGUACCAGCUCCGGGCGAAGCAAACGCAUCAGAACCAUAUUUACACCAGAGCAGCUUGAGAGGUUGGAGGCCGAGUUCGAGCGGCAGCAAUACAUGGUCGGCCCCGAGCGGCUGUAUCUAGCUCAUGCGUUACAGCUCACAGAGGCACAGGUGAAGGUGUGGUUCCAGAACCGACGCAUCAAGUGGCGCAAGCACCACCUGGAAGUGACGCAGCAGCGGCUAGCCGUGCUGCAGAGACACAGACCUGAAGGGGACGAAGACCUGUAA